GCACGGAGCAGUUGAAUUUGAACCGCCGUGGAAUACAGACUUGAAAAUAAUCUUUCUCGUUUGCGCUGAGUUGGUGUGAGGCACAGGAGGCAAGCAGCAGCGCCAUUAGUCAGCCAGCAGCAGUCAUCAUCAGCGGUGGUGUGUGAGGUGAUCCCGGAUUGUUCUCUCUGCCUCUUGCUCUGUGCGCGAAGCAAAGCAAAGCAAAUAUACCCCUUUUGUAAUCGAAUAUAAUAAAAAGUGCGGAAAAAUCAGAAGCAGUUUUGUGCUACAAUAGCAAGCAGUUGGCAGGCCAGCGAGAGCGCACAUAAGAAGAAGAAAAUUCCGCUAAACUAGUGUAGAAAUUUUUUUGUUCUGUGACCCACAGAAGACAAGUGCGAACGCGCAGCAGCAGCAGCAGUAGUUCACAAGUUCCGGAGAAAGCGGAAGCUUGGCAACUCGUUUCGAAACCGGAAAAGCCACAAAUUAGUUAAAACACAAAAAUGGCCGAUCAACUUACAGAGGAACAGAUUGCCGAAUUCAAAGAAGCGUUCUCGCUUUUCGACAAAGACGGUGACGGCACAAUCACAACCAAGGAACUGGGAACCGUGAUGCGAUCAUUAGGCCAGAACCCCACAGAAGCCGAGCUGCAGGACAUGAUAAACGAAGUCGACGCGGACGGCAACGGUACGAUCGAUUUCCCCGAGUUUCUCACCAUGAUGGCUCGCAAAAUGAAGGACACCGACAGUGAAGAGGAAAUCCGGGAGGCGUUCCGAGUCUUCGACAAGGACGGCAACGGCUUCAUCUCGGCAGCUGAGCUGCGUCAUGUCAUGACCAAUCUCGGUGAGAAGCUAACGGACGAGGAGGUGGAUGAGAUGAUCCGUGAAGCCGACAUUGAUGGCGAUGGCCAAGUUAAUUAUGAAGAAUUCGUAACAAUGAUGACAUCGAAGUGAGCUACAGGUCGAAAAAUUGCGCCUUUCUAUUAUUUGUUUAUAAAGAAGACUGUAGCCACGCGCAACACCAGCUGCGCAACGCUAUUGCUAUGGAUUUAAAAAAGAGAAAAAAAAGUAAAAGUAAAGAUAACAUUAAAUUAAAUUAAACGAGAAAAAAACAAGAGAGAAAAAAAGGACAAAAAUAAUGCAAAAAAGUAAGGAAAAAAUAACUUAAAUUAAUUGUAACAACACAAUUUUAAAUAAGAAAAAUAAAAGGAGGAAGAAAAAAAUACAUUAAUUAAAGUUAAUCACUAUCCUUAAUCUAUUUGUGUAAAUUUUUGUAAAAAUACAAUAUAAAUAUAAAUUUAAAAGAAAGUGAGAAGGCAGGCAAAGGCAAACGUUUAGGCUCUUAUGGCGUGAGAACAGAGGACAGGCAUAUGGCACGCGCGCGCGUGAAAAAGAGAGAGAAAGGACAGGUUGGGGAAGCAAGUGCUGACCGCAGCAGCAUGACAGCAAAAGCCGGUGUAGUGGCAGGGGUAAGCAGCAGCAACAGCAGAUAGGAUAUUGAAGUAAAAGAGGAGGAGGAGAAAGUCAGGCUGUGUCCACGGUGUUAGUCAUAUUGCAGCCAGUGCGCGAUUUUUCUUUCUUGUCUUGCGUUUGUGCUGAAGCCGCGGGCCACUCAAAGACAACAAUUCCAUUGGCCGUUUCAAGAGCCGGACACUUUCUUUCCGAAAAACACAAAAAAGAAACAGUAGAAAGCGAGCAAAUCUAUUGAUUUUGGAGUGAUGAUGAUCAACCGAAAGGAAGGUCAGAAGCUUAGCAUGAUGCAGUGGUAGGUAGAAAUUUGUCAUCCGAAGGAUUUCGAUUUUGCGACACGAUGUGAGAUAUUUUCCACUUUUAUGAAAAUGAACUUUGAAUGAUGCCGUGAAAACUGUUCCUGAUAACAGGAUUCAAAUCUUCUUCAGCUUGAAACGAAAAUAAAUAGCCAUCAAAAAACCAUAGUUGAGAAACAGAGAGAAAGAGAGAGAGAGAGAUGGAGGAAAAGGAGAAAAAAGCAAAACACACACGUAUGCUUGUAAUGGUUAUUUUUAAACGAAGGAAAGUGAAUUACUAUUUAUUGAAAAUCGUAAAUUAUAGUCGUUCAAUCUAAGAAAAACCAACAAAAACAACAAAAAUGUCCUGUUUUCUUUUUUUCUCUGGUUUGGUUUAGUCGAAGGCUUUUCCGGUUGUUGUCGUUUUCCCGUGGUGGGUCCCGCUUGGAAGUGUCUGUUCGGCCAUACGCUCUCUUGGACCAGAGCGAGAGGUCGCAGUCUGUUUGUCUUCUUUUUUUUUUUUGGAUAAUCCUUUUCUCAAAAGGUGCUUUUCCGGCUGCUACUUGAGCACAUUGGUCCGCGACGCGAGUUUGUCGCGGAGAAAAGAAAUGUGUAGGGUUUCGGCUUCUGGAAGCCAAUUGGUGGAGGGCAUGUUUGCGACGCUGGCGAGAAAAAAAAAUUAAAGAGAGAAUGAGGAAAAGAACGUGAAUUUCCAGUGAAACAAAAACACACAACAGCGCAGUAAUCGAGUGACACACUAAGAAAAGAAGAAAAAAAAAAAUAAACAAACGUAACGCAGUAUAUAGAAUUUGAAAAUUUCAAAUCCAACAAGCAACAACAACAAAUUAACUUUUUUUGCAGCAUUUACUUCUAACGGUGAAAAAAGAAAUUUAAACAUUAAGUGUACCUAGAUGAGAGUAAAAUUAAUAAUAAAACAAAGCAAAAAUAUUAAAGUAUAAAGUAACAGAAAGAAUCCAUCUUCAAUGUGUAACUUCCCUGUAUGAUUUUAUCCGCAUAGAAAAAGGUUAAAACACGCAAACACACACCACAACAUUCUAACAAACACAAUUGUGUACACUCACAUUUUGGAAAAAAGCGAAUAAUUCGUUAGGAAUACCAACACAACAAAGCAAAAAAAAACAACAGUAGGUGACAAGAGGUUUGUAAAAAAUAUAUAUAUAUAUUGUGUCGUUAUGAGUUUUUUACGCGUUUUUUCAUCCUGUUCAUAUGUCCGUACUUUUUUUGCCUUCUCGUUUGAAUCGUUGGCAAACGCAGCGCGCAGCAAAGCAAGUAAAAAAGUGCAUAGAGGGAAAAAGCGCUGGCAAUCUUCAUUGAUCGUUACUAUUAUAUUGAAAAAAAAAAAAACUAAGGUAAACUCUAGCUCAUAUAAACACAAGCAUACACUGAAAAAGAAGAAGGCGAAAAAUAAAUCACUAACCCUACACCCACGCUAAACCGUGCAAUGAUCACACUCACACUGAAAUUACACCCACACAUACAUACACACGCAGUCCUAUUAACAAGGAAAGAGCACACGCGAAACGGUGUGACUUUUUAUCCUUCUUUAUGCAAAUUUGCGUUAUUUCUUUCCCUGUUUUUUUGUUUUAUGCUAUUAUCGAUAAUUAUCUUCAAAAACACGAUUAAAGAUGAAACGAUGAAGUAUGUAUUUUCUAUUGAAGAAUCUUUUUGUAAAAGUGAACAAGCAUAUUAUGAAAUGAGAAAAAAACCUGAAUAUGAAGCAAAAAAAAAAAAAAACAAAAAAGAUAUAACAACAAAAACCAUUUAUGAAUUAGAGAAAGGUACAUAUAUUAAAGGAGAAGAAUUAAGAAAGUAUUGAAGCAGACGAAAAAAGCAAAGUUAAAUCUGUUUAAAAUAGUUUUUUUUUCUUCAUUCUCACACUAAAGCGCAUUUUCUUCUGAAUUUGUGAAUAAUUUGUCACAAAUUUUCCCCAACUUAGAUUCGGGAGGCAGUCGUAAAAAAGUAGCAAGUCAUGCAACUAAACGCUUAUCGGAGGGUGCUGGAUUAGAACUACGAUUACCCCUCCCAACGCAAUGACGCAACUGCAAUCCCCGACAAAAAAAUCAAUCAAAGCAAGCAACGAAUUUUGUGUGACAUUUCCAUCGCCACCCGCGCAACCCGUUUGCUGUGCAGUCUUCCCGAAGUUGAUGAAGACCUACUGGCGAAUCCCCGUUUUUUCCACUUGUGUGUUUGUGCGCGCCCCAAUUAUAAAGAUUCCUAUUAAACGAAAACAAUGAAAAACAAACAAACAAAUAGCCAGCACCCUCACUCGAGAAACAAUUUCCUCCCACCAAAAUCGCUUCGUUUUCGAGAAGCAAACAAAAAGUAUCGAAAACAAGCGACCGUAGCUACCAUCCAGAUGUUAAGCAAGUUAAAAAUAUGAAGAAAAAAAAUAGUACUGUGGAACUGUCGGACGCCAUUUUAUACUCGUAUACUUUUCUUUCGUGUGUUUCCGUCAGCGAGAUAGCAAACAAAAAAUCUUCGAAUUCCAAACUCUCUUUAACCUAUAAACAGAAAACACAAGAAACGCGUUUAAAGAAACUGUUACUACCUUAAACAAACUUUGAAAAAAAAAAAUCAGAUACAUUUAAGAAACGAGGUUAAUCAUCUAGUGGACAAAGAAAUUCCUUCGUAUAACAAAAGGUAUAGAAACAAAACAAAAAAAAACAUCUAGAUAAAACAAACAUAAAAAUUUAAAGACAAUUUAUAACAUCGGUGAGUUUAGUGAGCAACCAUCAUCGGAGAAAAUGAAAAGCUCUAAAGAUCCGCGUGACUGCAACCCCCAGGCAGACUGGAUGACAGUUUUUCAGUGUUCUAAACAGAAAUGAAAUGAGAAGAGUGAUCAACCUACUCUUACUUGUGACCACGUCUUAGAGAAACUUUGUAGAGAGCAGGAAAAAAGUAACAAUAUCAACCGUGUUCUCAAAACAUCUUGUUAUGGGUUUUUAUUUCGUCAAUCUGAAGUGUUGAAUUGUUUUUUCCCUUUUUGCAAACUACACAAAACAACACAAAUUUUAGAAAGAAAGAUCUGAUGUCAUCAAACGUGAGUGAUUAGACUAUAAAAAAAAUUAGAGAAAAUUGAACUAAAACCCCACGCCAGAGCAGCAACAAAUUAUAAAACAUACCUAAACAUGCAAAAAAUAUAACUUUUAGGAAAAACUAUUCCCCAUACGAAAAUUUGCUUGUUUGCGAUUGAUUAACUAUUCUCUUUACUAAUUACUUGUUAAACUUUUUCCAUAAAUUGAUAGUCGAACAAGCGAAAAAAAAACGAAAAAUUUUUACCUGCAACAACAUACUCUGAACUUCUCGAUUGCAAAAAGCAUUUUCUCUCACUUCAUUUUACUAUUAUUAUUCGUGCGCUACCAUCCCAGAGUUUUACCGAAUGAAAAACAUAGAAAAAUCCCAGCAAGAGCAAGCUACAGACUAACAUCAGAGAAAAAAAAACAAGGAAAUUGCAGCUGAAACUGACAACAUAACCACCAAACAAACAAAGCGCCCCAUUGUCUUCUCGGGGAGACGAUGAAGCAAACUAGCAGAGCAGUACAGCGACAACAAACUUACCACUGAAUAACCAUACCUAAAAACAGAAAGAACACAAACGACAACAUCAAUUGAGCAGCAAAAAGAAAAAACAAAAAG